AUGUCUUCGUUGACCAGCCUAUCGCUUCACCAGUGCGGAGUGGAGGAGCUGCCAGAGGCCGUGGGAGAGCUGAGCAACCUGCGCGACCUGCACGUCUCAUCCUGCUCUCAUCUCACGGCCCUUCCAGCUUCGCUGACAUGCCUGACUCGCCUUGAAGCUCUAACACUCUCAGACUGCGCAAGUCUCACCUCCGUGCCCACAAGGUGGGACGGCCUCACGAGGCUCAAGCGCCUUGAGGUGACCGCAUGUGGCGAGCUGACACGUCCCGAUCAACUCCUGCCCGCUUCGCUUGAAGCGUUCAGCUGGGGAAGCGACAGGCAGGCGAUGGCUCCGCCAGACAUCUCCAGGCUGACGGGGCUUCGGGAGCUUUCCCUGAUCAGGGCUGCCGUGGCCACGUGUGGGCUCACUGUGAGCAGGAGUCUUUCUCAUCUGGAGCAGUUGGUUCUCAACUUGGGAGAUGCUGAGGAGCUUCCGUUCCCGUUGACCUUUCUUUCUCAGCUGCGCACCCUGUAUAUUCGCAACGCGAUGAAUCUCCAAAGGCUGCCGGCUGAUAUCUGGCCAGCAUUGCCGCAGCUGCGGAAGCUGAAGCUGGUCCGUGUGGGCGAGUUGAGGGAGCUGCCAGCGAGUGUGACUGCGCUGCAGAGCCUGACGUUAUUGGAAGUCAACUUGGCAGCCAAACUGGUUUCUCUGCCACAUGACAUCGGUGCCUUAUCCAGGCUGCGGGAGCUGCACCUCGAUGCCUGCACGCAGCUGGAGCAUCUGCCCGCCUCCCUCACCCAGCUUGCCUGCCUCAACGAGAUGUGGAUUAUGCACUGCUCCAUCCGCUCCAUGUGUCCCAACUUCUCACGGCUUGCACGGCUCAGCUCACUGACGUUGAUUGGUCUGUGCUCCCAGGAGCAGCAGUCAGAUGUUGACGUUCGGAUUUUAAUAGCCCACAAGCAGAAGACGCCCAGGCCCACCCGGGAUGAGCAUGGCUGGUGGGGGCUGGUGGCAGGUGCUUGCAGGGUGUUGUGGGAGAGAUGGGAGGAGAGGUGGAGGAAUGUGGUCAGCUGGAGGGCGGCCUGUGGCUGUCACUUUACUAUGUCAAUUUCCCACCAUCAUUUUCCCACCACCCCACUGCCAUGUUCCCACCAUCACCAUCCCACUGCCAUGUUCCCACCAUCACCAUCCCACUGCCAUGUUCCCACCAUCACCAUCCCACUGCCAUGUUCCCACCAUCACCAUCCCACUGCCAUGUUUCCACCAUCACCAUCCCACUGCCAUGUUCCCACCAUCACCAUCCCACUGCCAUGUUCCCACCAUCACCAUCCCACUGCCAUGUUCCCACCAUCACCAUCCCACUGCCAUGUUCCCACCAUCACCAUCCGACUGCCAUGUUCCCACCCUCACCAUCCCACUGCCAUGUUCCCACCAUCACCAUCCCACUGCCAUGUUCCCACCAUCACCAUCCCACUGCCAUGUUCCCACCAUCACCAUCCGACUGCCAUGUUCCCACCCUCACCAUCCCACUGCCAUGUUCCCACCAUCACCAUCCCACUGCCAUGUUCCCACCAUCACCAUCCGACUGCCAUGCUCCCACCAUCACCAUCCCACUGCCAUGUUCCCACCAUCACCAUCCCACUGCCAUGUUCCCACCAUCACCAUCCGACUGCCAUGUUCCCACCAUCACCAUCCCACUGCCAUGUUCCCACCAUCACCAUCCCACUGCCAUGUUCCCACCAUCACCAUCCCACUGCCAUGAUCCCACCAUCACCAUCCGACUGCCAUGCUCCCACCAUCACCAUCCCGCUGCCAUGUUCCCACCAUCACCAUCCCACUGCCAUGUUCCCACCAUCACCAUCCCACUGCCAUGUUCCCACCAUCACCAUCCCACUGCCAUGUUCCCACCCUCACCAUCCCACUGCCAUGUUCCCACCAUCACCAUCCCACUGCCAUGUUCCCACCAUCACCAUCCCACUGCCAUGUUCCCACCAUCACCAUCCGACUGCCAUGUUCCCACCAGCACCAUCCCACUGCCAUGUUCCCACCAUCACCAUCCCACUGCCAUGUUCCCACCAUCACCAUCCCACUGCCAUGUUCCCACCAUCACCAUCCCACUGCCAUGUUCCCACCAGCACCAUCCCACUGCCAUGUUCCCACCAUCACCAUCCCACUGCCAUGUUCCCACCAUCACCAUCCCACUGCCAUGUUCCCACCAUCACCAUCCGACUGCCAUGUUCCCACCAUCACCAUCCCACUGCCAUGUUCCCACCAUCACCAUCCCACUGCCAUGUUUCCACCAUCACCAUCCCACUGCCAUGUUCCCACCAUCACCAUCCCACUGCCAUGUUCCCACCAUCACCAUCCCACUGCCAUGUUCCCACCAUCACCAUCCCACUGCCAUGUUCCCACCAUCACCAUCCGACUGCCAUGUUCCCACCCUCACCAUCCCACUGCCAUGUUCCCACCAUCACCAUCCCACUGCCAUGUUCCCACCAUCACCAUCCCACUGCCAUGUUCCCACCAUCACCAUCCGACUGCCAUGUUCCCACCCUCACCAUCCCACUGCCAUGUUCCCACCAUCACCAUCCCACUGCCAUGUUCCCACCAUCACCAUCCGACUGCCAUGCUCCCACCAUCACCAUCCCACUGCCAUGUUCCCACCAUCACCAUCCCACUGCCAUGUUCCCACCAUCACCAUCCGACUGCCAUGUUCCCACCAUCACCAUCCCACUGCCAUGUUCCCACCAUCACCAUCCCACUGCCAUGUUCCCACCAUCACCAUCCCACUGCCAUGAUCCCACCAUCACCAUCCGACUGCCAUGCUCCCACCAUCACCAUCCCGCUGCCAUGUUCCCACCAUCACCAUCCCACUGCCAUGUUCCCACCAUCACCAUCCCACUGCCAUGUUCCCACCAUCACCAUCCCACUGCCAUGUUCCCACCAUCACCAUCCCACUGCCAUGUUCCCACCAUCACCAUCCCACUGCCAUGUUCCCACCAUCACCAUCCCACUGCCAUGUUCCCACCCUCACCAUCCCACUGCCAUGUUCCCACCAUCACCAUCCCACUGCCAUGUUCCCACCAUCACCAUCCCACUGCCAUGUUCCCACCAUCACCAUCCGACUGCCAUGUUCCCACCAGCACCAUCCCACUGCCAUGUUCCCACCAUCACCAUCCCACUGCCAUGUUCCCACCAUCACCAUCCCACUGCCAUGUUCCCACCAUCACCAUCCCACUGCCAUGUUCCCACCAGCACCAUCCCACUGCCAUGUUCCCACCAGCACCAUCCCACUGCCAUGUUCCCACCAGCACCAUCCCACUGCCAUGUUCAUCAGGGUGA